UUCCAGCGCUGGGUCCCAACUGCGACCUCCUCUUUUCCUCUCCUUUGGAGUUUGGUACAAUGGGAGGUUUCAGGUGCCUGAUUGAUCAGGGGGGUGUGUGGGACCGGCUCUGCCCACACCCAGCAGGGCUCCUCUGGGAGGCAGCGCUCGGCUCCCUCCAGAGCCCAGACUGCAGCGCUGGGUCCCAGCUGCGACCUCCUCUGUUCCCCACUGGCACAGCCCCCUCUGACCUCUCCCGGUUUGCUUUGUGGCAGUGAACAGCCGAAAUUUGCUCAGCUAAUACAAUAGCCCUGUGCUUUCUGCCAGAAACGCCUGUGGUUAACCUCUGUGGGCUGCACGCUGCAGUAAAAUGAAGGGUGGCAGAAGUUAAACAAUGGGUGUGACUACCACAAGAUGGGUGUUAGUGGGAAAGUGGUGUAACAUCCACUUAGCAUUCCAGAGAUGUGAAAUAUAAUUAUGAUUUAAAUGCCAAAGAUGUAAGUUGAAAGAUGAGUAAGUACAAGGACAUGAAAGCCUCCCUUAUCUUCCUUUCUAUCCCACUCAGAAUCAUUUUGCACACCCACAAAACUAAUACAAGUGGUGUCACUUGAUGAAAUUGCACCUGAUACAUGACUUGUACCAUCACUUACAUUUCUGUCAGUGUGGGCACUGUUUAUACCAAAGGAAAAAUUCCAAUCUCAUUUACAACAUUUUAAGUUGGAAGUAAUUUUGCUCUCAGUGGAAUUACUCCCUAUUUAUACUCCCACUCAGAUCAGAAUCUGACCCAGGCUUUGAAUUUUGUCUUAUUUGCUCUCAUCCUCUCCUAUCAUAGACAGAAGUCCUCAAUCUGCAAAGGGCUCCUCAUACCUUCAUUUAUGUAUCUUUGCAGAAAUGGCCUAUGAGCAGGUCUGUAAUGAUAAUUGUUGACUAAAUGAGCCCUGGGAGCAGCUGGUUGCUGAGUAGAGAUGAGUAGCUGCUUAAUGUCUUUUACAUCAUCCAGCCUAUGUGGGAAGGAGAGCAGGAAUGCAGAAGGGCAGCCCAUGGUGAGGGGCUCCACAGUUCUGUAGCAAUUCCAGCACAGAGGAGUAAAGAAGGAAAGAGUGAGUUGUAGGUGGGGGAGGGGGAGCAACUGGUGGGGAAAUUAAUUGUUGGUUCUGGAGUUUUCAAUAAAAUCUUUCUGAACAGAUUCAAGAAUGUCUAAAACCCAAGGGCAGCAGGUGUAGUCAGCUCUGAACAAAGGGCAUGUGCUGUCCCAAACUGUCAGACAAUUAGGAAAUUGUCUGAUGCAUAGAUCAGAAUUGAAACCUGCAUUUUAAACAUUUUUACCCCCAGCAUUGUUCCUUUUAUUUUCUCUAUGGAUUACAUGAAAACCUAACCUGUUUUCAGCUUCUCAGAGGUGACACCUUCAGGUAAAAGCAGAGGAGGGAAGUCAGGAGAGGCUCUAGGUGAGGCCAGGAUUUGUGACUCUGCUUGUGCUGAGUUAACCCUUGUAACUGAACUGUUUUUCUGUACAAAAUACGCACCUAGCAGGGGGAAGCAGUGAUUUUUCAGAUACAGGUACAUCUGGGCCUUCGUGUCUGACUGAUUUCACUGCCUGAAAUGGAGCUCUAGAGUGGAUAAAGUGAAGCACUUACUCCAAGCUGUUUGAUGAGCUGGGACUACCUAGUUAUAUUAUUGUGGAAUUCAUUUCCUAGAAAUACUAUAAACAUUUACUAGAAGUACUUUCUGCUGUGUAGGAAGAAUAAUUUUAUAUCUGGGGGAAAAAUAUAUGAUUGGUUAAACAUGUUAAAAUACAAAUAGCAAAACAAAAAUAUUCGCUCUUAAGAAUCAGAGAAAAAUAGUUCUUGAAACCAUGAAAGGUCUUUAGAUGACAGCAACAGUUAAGAUAAGGCUAGGAAUUUACAGUUCAGGAUUUUUUAUGAAAAAGAACCACGAGCCAAAUCCUGUGUUCAGGUUAGCAUCUGUAAUUCCAACUUUGGUGAGGGAAAGAGGGUCAGGAGCCACAGGAGCUGGUUCUGGUCAGCCACUGUGCUGGAGCUCAAGAACAGCCUGAGAGGCCUUUGGCUCUGGCCCCUCUUUUACAACCCAGAAUCCCAGGAAUUGCCACAGACUGCAGGGAUUUGAGCACACUGCCAAAUUCUGGGUGCUGCGUUAGGAAGCAGCUUUUCCUCAUGGCCAAGAGUGUGCUCCCUCCAGGGCGAAGGUCAGGCUGAGUUACUCUGCUCCAAACUGUCCUUUCCCAGCACACAGGUCUGAUUGCAGGGUAGAUUCACCCACAGUAAUUAGAGCUCCAGGUUGGCAAGUGGAUCCUGAUAGUCAGAUAAUGUCCUGUCCCUGACACCUGUUCCUCAUUGCAUCCAUGUACUCACUUGGCAGUGCUGCUGCACCUUCCUCUGGCACAGUGAGUGAGGUGCCUCUCACAGCUGCACUGCCCCUGGAGCACAAGUCAUUGUUUCUGCUAAUUUAAUUCAUUACUGAAAUUCUGUCAUCCAGAAGUGGAUUUGUCUCAGGGAUAGUUGUGGUCUGUCAUGAAACAUGUAACCAGUUACAUGAUAAAAUACUCAUUUACAUAAAGCAAGAAUAAGAUUUCAUUCUUUCUUCUGACAAAUAGUCUUAUCACACCUGGAGGCUGAUUCAGUGGGCUCAGCAGGUUCACAGCUCUCUGAAAAUCAAGGCAUUCAGGAGUUUCCUAAACCCACAGUUAGUCUGCCUCUCCUGAGUGCUUAGAUAAAAUAGCUUUCAUCACCUUUUCAUCACUUCAGACUCCAGCUGAAUCAUUACUGCCAUGGUAUCACAAAUAAGCCUCUCAGCCCCUGGAGCCUAUACAAGUUUUCAGCAAUAUUGUGGUGAUUUUAACAUGUAUUUCAUUCACAGAUUUGCAAAGAUAGGGUCAGCAUUGGUACAACAAUGUCUCAGGAAGGGGGAUGUGUCGAGUUUCGGUGACUUGCCCAAUGUCUGUUGCAAAACAUCAGUGAAACAGAACCCAGGCAUUCUUGUACCAGGCUUGAUUUAGCAAAGCACUAAACCAAGUGCUGAACUUUGAGCAAGAGCUCAAGCUGUUUGAAUGGAGAUAGAUUUAAGUAUCUAUAUAAAUACUUUGCUGGACUGAGUCUUCAACUUUCCACAGCUAAUUAUUCUUUACAGCCAUUUCAGGGUUUUUUCAUAUAGCUCAGCAUAUCUUUGGAUGGUGGAAAUAUUUUUAAACUAAUUUAAUGGUGUGAACAAAUCUCCAAAUAUUCAAAUUUCAGCACUGAUUGGUUUGACCACAAACUCCCAAAAAACUCACUUCCUUUUCAAACCAGGCCUUUUGGCACCUCAAAUGUCCAUGCACAUGUUGGGGGCUUUGUCUUGUCUUGUCUUUCUAGAUGACCCCAGCAACUCGACAGGAAGUUCUCGGCCUUUACCGCAGGGUUUUGCGAAUAGCCAGAACCUGGCAGUCGGCAUCAGGACACACAGAGGACACCAUGAGGGAGAAGGAGUACAUCAGAAAUGAAGCCAGAACAUUAUUCCAAAAAAACAGGAACGUGACAGAUCCAAAGCUGAUUAAGCAGUGCAUAGAAGAAUGUGAGGCAAGAAUAGAAAUUGGACUUCACUAUAACAUCCCCUACCCAAGACCUAUCCAUCUGCCUCCCAUGGGCCUUGCCCACAAACAAGGCCGUACAUUGCGACACCAGGAAAAGUUAAGGAAGAUUUCUAAGCCAAUAUAUCUGAAAUCCCAUGAUGAAGUUUCAUAAGCCACCAGUUUCAUUUAAGCUGUGGUGUGUAAUCACAUCCUUUAAACUGUGAACUGCAAUCCAGGUGAUUUGUGUGCACAACUGUGAAUGGUGUGGUCACUUGCCCACACAUUUCCUGAAGCCAAAAAUCCAACUGAUCCAUUGUGUAUGAUGGGUAUGGUUGGUUUAGUAUUUAUUACAUUUCAACCACUGACUUGUCAAUAAAAGGAACACUUUUUAAGGAGUGAGCUGUGAUACAAAGGUUCCUUUGACAUCAGGACAAACUGCAGUAGGAUUUCAAACUCUGUUUGUCUGCAACAGGGCUCUCUGGGGGUUUGAGGGGUCUCAGUUGUGACUCAAGACUGUGCCUUGUGUAAGGUCAGCCAAAAUGAAGGAAGUCUGGGACAGUUCCUCCAGAGCUUCUGAAUGGCAGUGGGAGUACAGUCACUGCACCCUGCACCUGCUCUGCCUGCUGUCCCUGGAGGAGAGCUCCAGUUUCACACUUCCCUUACGGGAAGUUUUGUUUCUGGACAGUAGGAGUGACAGCAGAAGUGCCAUUAUUCCUUUGCAAACUGCAGGGGAGUGGUCUAGACUUUCUAUGUCAGCUCUUUUCUCUCUGGAGAGGGUGUGGAUGUGAAAUGCAAAGUUGGGAAUGCUAUUACACAACUCUGAGUGAAACGUUCCAGUGUUGGGUUCCUCAGGUUCCCAUGUAUGGACUGGCUGAAAACUCUGCCUCCAGGGUGCCACUAUGGGAACAAGCUUAGGAUGCUUUGGUGUCCUCACUCUGUGUUUUCACAUGGUCAGCUUUUCAGCAUAAUCAGCACACUGGCUUUCUCAACAAUUAUUUUAAUUUUAGUGUUAGUUUUGAACUCUUAUGGAUAGAACCCCAACUUUAGUAAAAGAAAGUAUCUACAAGUCUCCUAAGUUUGAGGGGUAUUUCUGUUUGCCAGGUGCCUCAUGAAUAGAAGUAAAAUGAAAUUAAUUUUCUUUUCAUGGCCUACCAGUUGUUUUGGCUCCUUUGCAGUCCUCUGUCUUUACCAGGCUGGUGACAUGUUCUCUUCAGGGAAGUUGGGGUAGCCUUCCAUCCUUCAGGCUUGAAAUACCAGUGAGACCAAGCUUGGACAAGAGCCACACUGUACUGGACACUUCCUAAGCACUGAAAGGACACCUAUUCCAGCCUGACUUUAUUAGUGGAAAAAAAAAAUAAAAAAGCAAAUUUGACAUGUG